CAGACAUGUAUAGUUAUCUUAGAGCAUAAGGUGUACCUGACACGACUGAAGAGCUCCACGUCCUACAUUUAUCUACAUGUGAGUUCUUCCUACAGCUGUCGGAUCAACACAGUGGAUAGAGCACAGACCUCUGGUCUUUUCAUCAGAGGGUCCUGCUGCCAUGGACGAGCUGGUGAAACACCUGUCCAGGUGUCAGCACAUUGGCUGGAUGAAGGUGAUUGAGUUGAAGAGUGCCCCCAUCUAUUGGCUGUCAUGUGGUCAGAGGGCGGAGACUGGUGUCUGGAGUAAAAUGUUCUGCAUUUUGUCAGACUCUCAGUUACUGAUGCUCAACAAUCUGGAGGUUCAUCCUCUGCUUCUUGCUGAGAGGGCGGAGACUUGUACCGUCUGGUUGCUGAGAUACACUCUCCAUGUGACCUCGGGGCCUCCUCGCCCCACCCACAAAGAUGUUCCAGAGAGAGGGUUCCGUCGACAGAGCAUGCCCAGCAGCUCAGCGGUGGACACACCCACCGCCAGAGUGACAGGGUUCCUCUCUCGGCGGUUAAAACAGUCUCUUCGUCGGACUCGAUCUCAUCCUAAAUUGCCUCGUCCGACUAGCAUGAGGUCUGACAUUAUCAACACAGCUGACACCAGGUGUGUGAUGCGGCGGCUGCAUUGUGGUAGCCAGGAGUCCUUAUUAAGCACCGGCUGUGUUUCAUCUUUGGAGCUCAGAAUGGACCAAUCAGUGGUCAUCAAACCAGUUCACUCCUCCCUACUGGGACAGGACUACUGCUUCGAGGUAACAACCUCAACAGGAACAAAGUGUUUUUCAUGUCGAUCGGCAGCAGAAAGAGAUAAAUGGAUGGAGAACCUGAGACGAGCUGUUCAUCCCAACAAGGACAACAGCAGGAGGCUGGAGAAUGUGCUGACAGUGUGGGUGAUCGAGGCCAAAGACCUGCCAGCAAAGAAAAGGUACUUCUGUGAGCUGUGUCUGGACGACAGUCUUUACGCUCGGACGUCGUGUAAGCUGAAAACCGACAACAUCUUUUGGGGAGAACGUUUUGACUUCAGCAGCCUGCCGUCGAUCAACGCCAUAACUCUUCAUCUUUACAAAGACACAGACAGGAAAAGGAAGAAGGACAAGAGCAGCUAUGUUGGGCUGGUCAACAUCCCUGUCGCAACAGUGACAGGCAGACAGCUGGUGGAGAAGUGGUACACGUUGAGCACACCGAGCACCAUCAGGAGUAAGUCGUCUGUACCAACGGUCCGUAUCAAAGCUCGGUAUCAAAGUAUCGUCAUCUUGCCGAUGGAGCAGUACAAGGAGUUUGCAGAAUACAUCAGCUCCAACUACCUGCUGCUCUGUAACACUCUGGAGGCCUCCAUCAGCCUGAGAGCUAAAGAGGAGCUUGCUGCCGCACUUGUUCACAUCCUGCACAGCACGGGAAAGGCCAAGGACUUCCUGACAGACCUGAUGAUGUCAGAGGUGGACCGUUGUCGUGACAAUGACCAGCUGAUCUUCAGAGAGAACACAUUGGCGACAAAGAGCAUCGAGGAAUACCUAAAGCUCAUUGGACAGAAGUAUCUGCAGGAUGCCCUUGGUGAGUUCAUUAAAGCUCUGUACGAGUCAGAUGAGAACUGUGAGGUCGACCCAUCCCGCUGUGCGACCUCUGAGCUUGCAGAGCAUCAGGCAAACCUCAGGAUGUGUUGUGAGCUCGCCUUCUGCAAGAUCCUCGACUCCUUCAGGGUCUUCCCCCGGGAGCUGAAGGAGGUGUUUGCAUCAUGGCGACAGGAGUGUGGCAACCGAGGGCGACCAGACAUAAGCGAGCGCCUCAUCAGCGCCUCCUUGUUCCUGCGCUUCCUGUGUCCAGCUGUGAUGUCACCUUCACUGUUUGACCUGAUGCAGGAAUACCCCGACGAACGCUCGGCGAGAACUUUAACACUCAUCGCCAAAGUCAUCCAAACCCUCGCCAACUUCAGCAAGUUUGGGACUAAAGAAGAGUACAUGCUAUUUAUGAAUGACUUUGUGGAGAGGCAAUGGAGCAGCAUGCAGCGUUUCCUGCAGGAGAUCUCAAAUCCUGAUGGCCUGAACCACACGGCAGGCUUCGAUGGAUACAUUGACCUCGGCCGAGAACUUUCAAGCCUGCACACUUUGCUGACUGAGCUCGACCAGGCAUGCCUGGUGAAGCUCGGUCCUCUUCCUCGGAUCCUCAGAGAAGUGUCAACAGCUCUAGCUAACCCGGGUGGUGUGGUUCAUCAUGGGGGAAUGUCAGUGUCCUCUCCAGAGCCUCAGCGUGUGAUGUCUCCACCCCCUAUGUCCCCACCCCCUCUGUCCCCGCCCCUCUCACCUCCUUUGGCAGCCUGUAAUCCUUCCAUUGGCCUGCAGGGUGGCGUAGGACUAGAUGGAGGUUUAGUAGAUUUCACUAGACUUCCCUCUCCGACUCCAGAAAACAAAGAUUUGUUUUUCGUCACUAAAGGAUCCAGUCUGCAGCCAGCAUCAGGCCUUCAGGGCUCUCCAGCUCCGAGCUCAUCCUACUCUGAACCCAAUGAACACGAGGCAGGGUUUGAAAUGACCAAUGGGGGCCGGAGGGAGGGGCAAGAUCUGACCAAUGAGAGCCGCAGUCUGUCCCUGGUUGACCUGCAGGACUCCUCCCCGAGCGACGGUCUUGACGACAGCCAAUGGCAGCGCAGGACUGGGCUUCUUCCGCUCUCCUUCCAGAAUCCUGUGUAUCACAUGACCACCACGUCACCACGGCCGCAGACAGAUGCAACACCCUCCGAUGGCUCUGUGGGGUCGCAGGGAAACGCAGAUGAAAGAAACACCAUGGCAACUAAACCAGCAUUUCUCACCCAGAUGUCUGUGGGUCUGGGAGGUGGAGAGAGAGUGGAGAGAGGUGAGAGAGGGGAGAGGAUGUCGGCAAUGUCAAGCAGCAGCAGCGGAGAGGAAUACUCUCGAAGAGCUCUCUCCCUCAAUGAGACACUAACAGGUACACCUGCUCCCCCUCGUCAGAACUCCUCAGGCCCUCAGAGACGCAUCGAUCAGCCUCCUCCCCCAUCCUCAGCUCCACCGGGGCCUCCUCGAGGUCGGACUCCACCCAGCAUGCUUAGUGGAGCCGGAGGCUCAGCAUACCCACCUCGCCCCGCUUCAGGCAGCAUGAUGUCAUCUAGUCCUGAUUGGCCAAGCAGCGGCCAGUCCAGGCUCAGACAGACAUCUUCGUCCUCUAAAGGAGACAGCCCCGAGAAACAACGGUCUGCUGCCAAGGCCCCCUCUCCCUGUGCUUUGGACCGUACAGCAGCCUGGCUGCUCAACAUGAACUCUGCAUCCUCCUACGGUGAGGCGGAUGAAGAUCGCCAUGACGACGCUCUCAUUGAGAAGUACCAGCAGGAGAUUGCAUUGCUGCAGGAGAAGUUGCGGGUUGCAGCCCUGCGGCAGGACGAGUGUGAGGCAAGACUGCUGGUCCAGGAUCAGCAGAACCAACGUAUGCUGCAGGAGUACCAGGCUCGGCUUGAGGACACAGAGAGCAGACUGAGGAGGCUGCAGGACGAUAAAGACCUCCAGAUGAACAGCAUCAUCAGCAGGUUGAUGGCCGUAGAGGAGGAGCUGAAGAAGGAUCACUCCGACAUGCAGGCUGUGGUCGACUCCAAGCAAAAGAUUAUCGAAGCACAGGAGAAGAGGAUUGGGAGUCUAGAUGCAGCCAACAGCCGUCUAAUGGCGGCUUUGACUCAACUGAAGGAGCGGUACGCCGUGACAUCGCAGAGGAACGGCCUGUCUCCUAGCAACACGUCAUCUCUGCAGAUAACAGAGAAUGGAGAGUUCCGUAACUCCGGCAACUGCUGAGUCACAAGGACCUGGGCUCUGCUUGGCUUUGACUGCAGGGAGAGGGAGGGGCUUAUCUGCAUGAUGUGUGAGAGACAGCAGGAGGCGGGCCUAUCUCGUUAACCACACCCUUUUUUUAAACCAACUAAUUAACACUGUAGUUGUAACCACAGACCUGUCAAUUCAAAUGUCACCUCCUACAGAGAUGGAUCUCUGACCUGACUCUGCCCCCGUUGCUAUGGUUCCCCUUAGUUCCUUUUCCUUCCGUUUUGCAUGUUUCUUUUUUAAGCAGCUUACAAAUUCUGACAUCAUAUCUAGUUUUCUUUUGGAACUCCCUGAUGAGGGUCAGAUACUUCCAACAACCAAACUGCACGUCUUUAGAAAAAACUCAGUACAAUUUUACCUGUAUCUGGCAGUGGCCUGACCAGCUCAACUUCAGCCAUAUAUGAUUCUGGUCCAGCUGGACAAACUUAAGUCUCUGUUUCUCUAUAUGGCUCUAAUUAAAUCAAAAUGACUCAAUUGACCCAGUACUGUUUGACCAAGACUGACGCGAAAUGGUUCUCGUUUUGACUGGGUUACGUCUUACUUAAUAUUGCCCUGGUCUGAAUGGGUUAUCUCCAGCUACAUAUAGCUCUGGUCUUACAUGGUCAUCUCUAGCAGUAUAUGGUUCUUGUCUGACUAGUUAAACUCUUGCUGUACAUGGCUCUUGUAAGACUGGGUAGACUCUGACUUAGGGUUGUCACAAUGCCAGAAUUAAUAUGAUACUUGUAAAACUUAACCGAUAUCACAGCAAAAAAAGUUCACGGUACCCACUAUGGGCUCAUUUCUUUUAUUUCUAUCAAUAAAAAUUGCAAGCAAACUCCUUCACACUAUCUAAAUUGCAUGAAAACAUAAACCUUGCCCGAUUUUUGUGCAGUUUAGACAUUGCUCUGUCACAUCCUUUUGCGGCAGCCUUUGGUUAUAAAUAUGACUGAAAAUCUGGAGUUUUUCUAAAGCUUCAGACUUUUCGAUAUUUUCUAUCAGUAAAUAUCGAUUGAUUAAUUAUAUCAUUUUGAAACACAGGUAUCACAGUAUCAAACAUUUUGACAACCGUUUGCUGACUGUAUAGGGCUCUAGUCUGACUACAUUAACUCUGGUUGUAAUUGGUUCAGGUCUGAUUGGGUAAAAGCUGACUUAACAAAUGGUCUGACUGGGUUUACUCUUGCUGUAACAGACAACAUGCAGUAUCAACCAUUUGUCUUUUGGAGUUCAGAGUUUCCUGAAUAUAUUCAGGCUAUACGUGUUUAGAUUGAGGCUUAAAGGAACAGUUCAACACUGAAGUCUCAGUCAGACAGCUUCAUUUAUGGUUUUUAGACCACUGAGAGGAUUAGACUAGCUAAACACAAAGACUGGAAAAAGGGGUAAACUCUUUGUGUGGCUCCAUCAAGGGUGAACCUAACUUUAUUUGGUUGUGAUGAGUGUUUGGCCACUCUGGGCUUCCGUAGAGUUGAAUAUUUAGUUGAUCUGGUUCAGAGGUUUAUGUGAGAGAGUUAGACGUUAGUUUGUGUUGUUUCAGAGAAUUCUACUGAUUUUAAUGUAAACAUCAGAUUUUAUUGUAAAACAGUAAAAACCUAAAAUUGUGAUGAAUAGUUUGUGAACACACACACACACACACACACACACUUUCCUGUACAGGUUAGACUACUGGAAUCUUGUGAACUAUCCCGGACUCGACUGUCUCUCUGCUAUGUUCACUGUGGCUUCUGUCUCUGUUCUUCUGUAUUUAUGAAACUCUCUGUUAGAGUUCCUGUUAUUGUUAUUUAUCAACAUCAGUAUUUAUAAAAGAGAUGCUCCAAUAAACUAUUACACUAUGAAA